AUAAGGAAAUGACGUGGUCCAUGUGCCACAGUUCCAGGUCUCAAAUAGAAAAAAGCACCCUAUGCCAGGACCCAGGACCCAGGACCCAGGAGACAGGAGACAGACCCGUGUAGGCCGAGCUGGGGGUGAGGAGCACGUUAAGGGACAAACUGCAGGAUGGAUGAUAUAGCAAAGAAUGAGACAAGUUUCUACUCCAACGCUGAAGGUUACUGGAAGGAUGUGCCCCCUACAGUGGAUGGGAUGCUUGGUGGCUAUGGCAGCAUCUCCAGCAUUGAUAUCAAUGGAUCUAAAGCUUUCCUACAGAAAUAUCUUGGUGAAGGAGAGGGUAAGACCACUGCAGGUUGUGCCCUUGACUGUGGAGCGGGUAUCGGAAGAAUCACCAAGCGCCUCUUAUUGCCUCUUUUUAAAACUGUGGACUUGGUGGAUGUGACACAGGAGUUUCUGGACAAAGCAAAAACAUAUCUCGGAGAGGACAGUAAAAGAGUGGGGAACUUUUUCUGUAGCGGCUUACAAGACUUUGUACCAGAGAGUGGGCGAUAUGAUGUGAUAUGGAUUCAAUGGGUAAUUGGACACUUGACAGACAACCAUCUGGUGGAGUUUCUGCAGCGCUGUCAGAAAGCACUGCGGCCCAACGGGCUGAUCGUAAUUAAGGACAAUGUGUCUUAUGAGGGGGUGGUUCCUGAUGAAGUGGACAGCAGUGUUUGUAGGGAUCUUAACAUAGUCCGUAGUCUAGUGAGAAGAGCUGGUUUACAAAUUGUCCAAGAAGAACAGCAAAUGAACCUCCCAAAAGAGAUCUACCAGGUCCACACUCUAGCACUGAGAUGAAAGGAUUUAAUAUACUUUGACUGUUGUGUUGAAAGGGCAAAACAAAGUGUUUAGGAAAAUAUUUUUCUCUGACCUAUGAAGAAAUUCUACAAAAACAGUCAUUGUGUAGUGGAAAAUUAUUAAUUAGAAAUAUUAAAAUGCUGCUUGUUUUCUAAAGCUGGGUUUUAAUAUACAGGACUAUAUUGAUGAUGAAGCCGGCCAAUCACGGUUUUAUGGUCUUUUGAAUAUACUGUACACCAUUGUUUAUUUUCAGAAAAGGUGUGGAAUUACUAAAGCCUAUAACUUAAUAAAACAAAUGUUCUUUUUUGUUUUAUAUUA